AUGCAUGCCACAGUCGACGGCCCAACUCCCUCUGCGACUGACAUCGCGCCGUCUGCCAGCGUGUCCGUUACGUCCGCCUCUCCUCCGCCCCCCGCGGUGUCCGGCUCACCAAAUGACCCCGGUCCCUCCCCUCUCCGCCGCUUGAAGUCCAAGUCCUCCCUCUGGAGUCUCGGCAGCAGCAACCAUAGCGGUCACGAAGACGAUCUCACCCCAGCGGAGCCCUCCAGCGCCGAAAAGGCUGCCGGUAAACCGGGCAUCUUCCGUCGCUUGUCGCCCGCCCUCGCGGCCCGCGUGAAGCUGCUUGACGGUACUAGCAAGGUGACCAGCGCGCCUCGGGAUCCUAAAAACGUCGGUCGGAUACCGGAACACCAGCUGAAGGAGCUGGACAGUCAACACCAGGACUUGUCCAUUAAGGUUGAGAGGCGAGGACAGGCGUGGGCUGGCCCAAUACCUACCUCCCCAGAUCAACGACCACAAUACUUCAAGCGGAGCGCGUCGAACAGGCUUGAGAUUCCCGGUCAGGACUUUGUACUACGCGCGACCGAGGCAGACGCGCAAGGGGAGGAUUACGCCGACGCGAUCGUUGACGGACCAGAGCCCCCCGCUCUGGCUGCUGCUCGCGAACCGGUGCCUGUCCCUGACGCUCAGAGCAGCCCUCCGCCGACAACACCACCCAUGUCUGUGGCAGAGCCUGUGCCCGCGCCGCUGCGCGUAGAGCCUGUUUCCGAAACCGAACCACCCCUACCCAACAACACAGCCCAAGAUACACGGACGGACUUUGAGAAAUAUGUCGAAGACACGAAACGCAGCGCUGAGCAAUCAGCAGAGGCCGCUCCAGCGCCUCCGCCAAAGGACUCUCCACCUAACUACACGAUCGCCUCGUCAUCUAACUCACAGUCAUAUUUCAACCCCAUGGGCUUGCAGCGCGCCGAAUCAAUAUACUCCUUCUCCCGUGCCUCGUUCAGCAACCAACUGUCCCAGCUCACGUCUAUUCCUCUGCCGCAGCCGGGAGCGCUCGAAACUAGUAUAGGAAAUAUUCCCACGUCCCUCGCGGCGGUGCGCGCGUUGAACGGUGCGGCAGAGCAGAUCCAGAUUUGGAUAAGAAAGGCGUCAGAUGUGCUCAGUGGGCUGGACUCCGAGGAUGACGUGGAGUGGGCGGCCGCUGGUGGGCGAGAAGGUCUUGAUGGGGUCGAUAAAGCGAUCACUCGCUUUGAGUCUUUGGUGAAUGUCUACGUGAAGGCAAUCGAGAACGUGCAACUUCGAGACGACAUCGCCAAUGUCGAUACGGAGAGCUUGAAGACGAUCGUCAGCCAGAUGGAAAGCAUUUUGCAGAACUGGGCUCAGAUUAAGAACAAAUUGCGGGGUGUGAAAGAGCAAGUGGAGUUGGCGAUGGAGUGGGAGGAACUUUGGUCCAACGUGUUGGGUGAUGUGGGUAUGGAGAUUGACAAUCUCAGCGGGAUGAUUUUCGAGAUGGAGGAGAAACGACACCAUACUUUGAUGGAUACCGGCGAUUCCACGGGUGGUCUUGAUAUCAAUGAGCUCGAAACUAUUGUGGAGGAAUCUCCGACCAAGGGCCGGUCCCCUGCUACUAACCGCCUGAGUAUGCUUGCGGCAGCAUCCGGUACGCCCGUGAUCAAGACUCCGCAGGACGACUCCAGCUACUCCAAUCUGAUGGCCUUGUUUGCGCGCAUGCAGCCGCUCCGUGCGUCGUUAGAUUUCUUGCCCAUGAGACUCUCCAUGUUCCAAUCGCGGGCCGAGGGUGUCUUCCCCAGUGCAUGCGAGGAGCUUGAUGACCGACGAACCCGGCUGGAGAAGAGCUACAAGGUUCUUGAAACGGAUGCCGAAGCGUUGCGAAAGGAGCUGGGUGAGGACAAGUGGAUCAUUGUGUUUCGCAACGCGGGCAGCCAGGCACAGAAGAUGUUUGAAUCGGUCGAACGGAGUAUUUCCAAGCUGCAGGAAGGAUUGGAGUCCAACGCGCAGGUACUCAACCCGGGCAAUAUGACGAAGCGGAUCGAGAAUUACGAGGCCAAGAAGAUGCACUAUGUGCCUGCUAUUGAGCGGGUCAUUUCUAUCAUUCAAAAGGGCGUCAACGACCGUUUGACUGUGAACGGUGAGGUGCUACGGCUUUUGUCGGACAUGACCUCGCGGACAGAUGCUCUCAAAGCUAGUCUCCGGGUGAUGGAUGCUUCUCUCGAGGAUGUGCAUAUCGUCAAGGGCCAGCAAUUACGUGACUCCAUCUCCAGUAUCAUCACCAUGGAUAGCCCAGCUACGGGCAGUGCGAUUGAUACGCCGGGGAGCUCGCCUGCUUCGUCGGUUGUCAUGAGCGGCAGUGGAUACAAGACACCCAUGGGAAGCUCAAGUCGUCGCGAAAGCUCGGUUGGGAGUGCCACGACGCGCUCGACCAUGUCAAAGGUCCGUCGGUUGUCUGGUUUGCCGCAGGUAACUGCCACUAUGACUGGACGCAAGUCGUCUAUCCCCAAGCCAACAGCGCCUGUCACUCCCACGCCAGCGACCCGCAAGACCUCGCAUAUCCCACAACCAUCAACCAUCCCGAACCGCCCUCGCUGGAACGCCAGUACCAACUUGAACGAUCUCCAUUCAAGCUCUGGAUACCUGAGCACCACAACCCCGAGCACCUCAAUGAAAAGCUCUGCUCCCGCGUUGUACGGCCGUCCAUCAUCGACCGUGCCUUUCCGACGAGACAUGUCUGCCUCUCCUGCACCAGGCGCUGGCCGCUCACUCAGCCGUCUAUCCAACCGACUGGCAUCAUCAUCCCGCAGUCCGAACCGCAAUGUGUCAUCCCCCACUCCUCCCCGAUCUUCACUGCUGGAUCCUCCACCUUAUAGUCGACUCCGCAGACCCUCUGGCCUGUCUGCCACUCCUCGCAGCCGGCAGAGCUUCGCCGGUACGGGCUUGUCUUUCAGUCGCAGUGUUUCAGGGCCUGGCCAUGACCCACGGGAGAGUCCCAGCAAGUCGGCGCGCCCAGGUACGGCCCUCGGCCAUUCCGGUAGUCGCCGGACUAGUCUCCUGCCCUUGCCCAAACGAUCUGAUAAAGGCCCGGCCUCGCAGGCAAAGUUGGAUACCCGGCCACGAUGGAGAGCAUAA